AUGAGUGAGCCGGAGGACUGUGACAGCCAGACGUACUCCGGGUGUCCCAGUGUAGAACAGAUGCUGGCGUCUAGUCCAGGGAAGACCCCUAUCAGCUUACUUCAAGAGUAUGGGACUCGGGUAGGAAAGACGUGUAUGACCUGCUCAAAGCUGAGGGACAAGCACAUCAACCCAACUUUACCUUCCGUGUAUCCGUUGGAGACAUCAACUGCACUGGUCAAGGACCCAGCAAGAAGGCAGCCAAGCACAAAGCGGCAGAAGUGGCCCUCUCUCUACUAAAGAGUGCUGAUAUGUUUGGAAUUUUUGAGGAUAACAGUGCAGUGUUUUCAGUGGAAUCACCAGUGGAUCCAGGGAUAAAAACGGACAUGUCUCCACCCCCUCCACCCACCAGGAAUCAUGCCAUUGACUUGAAGCCCCCUCUACCUGCCCAACAGUCAGAAUGUAAUCCUGUGGGGGCACUACAGGAGCUGGUGGUGCAGAAAGGUUGGAGACUUCCUGAAUAUACAGUAACCCAAGAGUCUGGGCCAGCACACCGGAAGGAGUUCACCAUGACCUGCCGUGUAGAGAGAUUCCUGGAGAUUGGUAUGACAGGGGUGAUGGGCCUAAGACUUUUUGUUGUGAGAAGCAUCAAUAAAAUCUAG